CGACACCGAGCACGAACGUGAGGGCGAGGCAUGGCGUAAUUUGGAAAGGACUUUUCUAGGGUUUGUAAAGUCUUACGAGCGGUCGAUCUGUUUCGUAUAGUAGACGGAGAGAGAGUGGAGGAGAGGGGAUGGAAAAAAAUCGGGAAAGAUAGAUUAGAAAGGGUGAGAUCAAAGGGAGAGAUCGGGGGGGAUUCGGACUUCUUUCCAGUGGCGGAAAAUAGAUUUCUUGUUCUUUGGGGUUUGUUCUAAUUUUUAAUAAAAGAAAAGCCAGGGAGACGGAGACACUGGAAACAGGGGAUAGAAGAAGCGUCUGGACUAUGGCGGCAAGGAGGAAGAAGGGGGUGUUCGAUAUGCCGGUGAUGAUGUGCGGGAAGGGAGCGGAGAUGGAGCUGUCAAGGGACGGGAGUCAUUACAGCUUGUCGAGCGGGAUCCUCCCCUCCCUCGGGGCCAUGACCAACCGGAGGAUCAAGCUCCGCAGGUUCAUCGUAUCCCCUUAUGAGCGGAGAUACAGAUCUUGGGAAACAUUUCUGAUCAUUCUGGUCAUAUAUUCUGCUUGGGUAUCUCCGUUUGAAUUCGGGUUCCUAGAGAAGGAAAAGGGGGCUCUACCUGUAAUGGAUAAUAUCGUUAAUGGGUUCUUUGCGGUCGACAUUAUUUUGACCUUCUUUGUAGCCUUCAUCGAUAGAGUAACUUAUCUUCUCAUAGAUGAUCCCAAGCAGAUUGCUUGGAAGUACAUUACCAGCUGGUUUGUUCUGGAUGUUGUUUCCACCAUCCCUACAGAACUCGCGCGGAAGAUUCUUCCUCCGAAGCUUCGGUCCUAUGGAUUCUUCAACAUGCUUCGGCUUUGGCGUCUCCGAAGAGUCAGUGCACUUUUUGCUCGGUUGGAAAAGGAUAGGAACUUUAACUACUUUUGGGUUCGAUGUGUAAAGCUUAUCUGUGUGACUCUUUUUGCCGUACAUUGUGCUGGGUGCUUCUAUUAUCUUCUUGCUGCAAGAAACCACAAUCCCAGCAAGACAUGGAUAGGGGUUUAUAUGCCGGAUUUCCAUGAAAGAAGCUUGUGGAUCCGGUAUGUAACCUCUAUGUACUGGUCAAUCACCACUCUAACAACUGUAGGGUAUGGAGACUUGCAUGCAGAAAAUACGAGGGAGAUGAUCUUCGACAUCUUUUAUAUGCUCUUUAACCUUGGACUAACAGCAUAUUUGAUCGGUAAUAUGACCAAUUUAGUUGUUCAUGGGACAAGCCGAACCAGAAAAUAUAGGGACACAAUUCAAGCUGCCACAGAUUUUGCACAAAGAAACCAGCUUCCAGUUCGUCUGCAGGACCAGAUGAUCUCACAUCUGACUUUGAAGUUCAGGACAGACUCCGAAGGGCUUCAACAACAGGAGACCCUCGAUGCCCUUCCCAAAGCCAUCAGAUCCAGCAUUUCGCACCAUCUAUUCUAUGAUCUUGUUCAGAAGGUUUACUUGUUUCGAGGAGUUUCCAAUGAUUUGCUUUUCCAGCUGGUCUCUGAGAUGAGAGCUGAAUACUUUCCUCCAAGGGAGGAUGUCAUCUUGCAGAACGAAGCACCCACAGACUUCUACAUACUAGUGACUGGCACUGCUGAACUGAUAGAUCUCAAGAAUGCAAUCGAACAGACCGUGAGGGUGGCCAGGGCAGGCGAUCUUGUUGGAGAGAUUGGAGUUCUUUGCUACCGGCCCCAACUAUUCACAGUUCGAACCAAAUCACUGUGCCAGCUAUUACGUUUGAACCGUACUGCAUUUCUUAGCACCGUUCAGUCAAAUGUUGGAGAUGGAACAACAAUUAUGAACAAUCUACUUCAGUAUUUGAAAGAGCAGGAGGAUGACCCUGUGAUGGAAGGAAUCUUGAGAGAGGUAGAGAACAUGCUGACUUGGGGUCGACUGGAUUUGCCUCUUACUCUAUGUUUUGCAGUAAUCAGAGGCGAUGAUUUAUUAUUGCAUCAGCUUCUGAGACGUGGUCUGGAUCCAAAUGAAUCGGACAACAAUGGGCACACGGCACUGCAUAUAGCAGCAUCAAAGGGAAGCAAGCAUUGUGUUCGUCUGCUGCUAGAUUAUGGGGCAAAUCCCAACUGCAGAGAUUCUGAAGGAAGUGUUCCCCUAUGGGAGGCUGUACUUGGGAAGCAUGAUGCUGUGGUCAAACUGUUAAGAGAUAAUGGUGCAAAUCUCUCAGCCGGUGACAUGGGCCUGUUUGCUUGCAUAGCGGCUGAGCAGAACAGCUUAGAGCUGCUUAAGGACAUCAUUCGUCAUGGGGGAGAUGUAACAUUGCCCAAGAAAGAUGGGAAUACCGCACUGCACCUUGCUGUCUGUGAGGGGAAUCACCAAAUAGUCGAAUUCUUACUUAAACAAGGAGCUGACAUUGAUAAGCCUAACUAUCAUGGUUGGACUCCCAGGAAUCUAGCUGAACAGCAAGGCCAUGAAGAGAUUCAGGCUCUCUUUGAAGCCAUGAAGGCAUAUGAAAGCAAUUCUACUAUAAACAACUCCACACCAGUCCCUCGUCCCAUGGGAAGAUUUAGCAGCGAGCCUGUAAUUCCACAUGUAUCCCAUGAAGGCACACCUCUAUAUGGAGAUGGAUCUUUGGAGAAAGCGCACCCCAGGCGGAAGUGCAGCGACUUCCACAACUCGUUAUUUGGGUUUAUCUCAGCCGCUAAUGUCGGCAGCAAAGCUGUACGUUUCUCAUCUAUGGGCCCUCCAACGACCAUGAUGUUCUCAGGGGGUGGCCCGAAUUACCCCCACACCUCGCAACUUCGGAUAACCAUUAGCUGCCCGGAGAAAGGUGACAUUGCUGGCAAACUUGUGCUGCUGCCAUUAUCACUAAAAGAACUCCUUGAUAUUGGUGCCAAGAAAUUUGAUUUCUUACCCACUAAAGUCCUUACAAAAGAUGGAGCGGAGGUUGAUGAUGUAAAGGUUAUAAGAGAUGGUGAUCAUCUUGUUCUAGUCAGUGAUGGUUGGAUGAGACUAAGGAAUCCACAAGAGGCGGGAUAUUCAUGAGUUGAUUUUUUUUUUUUUUUCCUCCUUCAUAACCAGGCUUUGCUGCCAUGUUAUGGACCACCAUGUGGUGCUGAUGGAUCCUUUAUCAGGCGAAUGGAAAUCGUCCUUGUGGCGGGUUAUCUCAUCAUUGGAUCUUAGUUUUUUUGGUUUUUGUUUUUUUUUUAUCUUUUUCUUAUUCUUUUUUCUAUAGAGAUGCGAUUCAAGCAUCAGGAAUCAGGGUCGGUGAAGGCGAAGCCACAAGAGCGCAUGGUGCGUUUGGUCCUCUUCUGGAUGAUUGUGGAAAAUGAUAUGUACGACUCGAGUAGAAAAGAGCAGACCAGGUUUUAUGAGAUGGCUUCUACUUGUUCCUUUUCUGUUUUUUGGGGUACUUGUUCCUUGACGCGAGAGAGCAAAGCAGAUCGAUGUAGUUAAUGACAAAAGGAUAUGCAAAAUUAUUAAAAUUACUAAGGCAUCCUCUUUUCUCCUCUUUUGUUGUAAUUGCUAGUUGGCAGUCAUGUUAUAACAUCUUCCAAGGCACAUCUAUGAAUAUGAUGACCACCAGAUUUGUUUA